AUGACUAUCUGGAACUGGAAAAAAGACAAAGAGAAUAUUUCUCAUAAAACAAAUCAACACGCAACAAAAAAUCCCUAUGAAGUAGAAGUGAAAUCACUUAAAGAUUUUUUGAACAAUAUUCCAAAAAUGGAAUCCCAUUAUUGCCGCAAAAACUGGUGCACGCCACGGAAUACCAAACCUGUUUCAAUUGCUAAAUUUAGCAACACCUUACAAAUUGAAAAUAUAUCACUGUUUAAGCCAAAAAAAGAUGAAUGUGAAAAGUGCCUCUCUUGCAAACUCAGAAAUAUACCUGACACAGAAUACAAGGAGCACAUAGAAAAAAAGAAUGAAGCUAGACUUGAAAAAGAACAGGAUAAAAAUACAGAAAAAAUUGUAUUCACAAUGGACACGCAAGCUGUGUUAUUGGCACCCAAAUCGAAUGUGUCAUCUCUAUAUUAUAAAACUAAGAUAUGCACGCACAAUUUCUGUAUAUUUAAUAUAAAAAAUAAAGACGGAUUUUGUUAUCUCUGGAACGAGACCGAAGGUGGGUUAUCCUCUGACAAUUACGCUACCAUAAUUGUCAAGUUUAUCACGGAGAAACUUUUGCCGAGUAUCCAGAGAGAAUCUGGACAGGAUACUAAAAUUAUAUUGUACAGUGAUGGAUGUACAGCACAAAAUAGAAACGUAAUAUUGGCAAAUGCGUUACUAAACGUGGCAACAUUAGACAAUGUCACAAUUCAGCAAAAGUAUCUAGAGGUAGGCCAUACCCAGAUGGAAGCGGACUCAAUGCAUGCCACCAUAGAGAGGAAACUGAAAAACAAAAUAAUUCAUGUACCAGCUGAAUAUGCACAAGUUUGUGUUGGAGCUCGCAAACAUCCUAAACCUUACAACGUAUCUUACCUAACCCAUGAAUUUUUUAAAUCCUUCGCAAGUUUACAGUUUUAUAAGUCAAUAAGACCAGGAAAAGCCAUAGGAGAUGCCAAGGUCACAGAUAUUCGUGCCCUACAAUAUAAACAAGGGAACCUGUACUUUAAGUUACGGUUUACAGAUGAAUGGCAGUUACUACCACAGCGAUGUGAUAAAAGGGUCUCAGUUAAACCUAUUGAAAGCUUACCGAAUCUUCAUGAAAAUCGGCUUAAAAUAAGUAGUCGUAAAUUCAAAGACUUACAACAACUAAAAAGUACCUUGCCGCCGCUUUGCAAGUUAAGCCAUCGAUAUCUGGAAAAUACUGAAAACCAGGACGUUUUUGAUGCUGACAACGAAAAUAUCGAAAAAACUAGUAAGAGCCACACCGAAUCGGUGAGUACAAUUACACUUAAAUACGACCUAAAAGUAGCAAAAGUCGAGUUAGGGGCUUCAAAUCGGAUAAUAAGUGAACUAGAACGAACGAUAAAUAACCAAGAUUUUAUCAUUCAACUUUUAAAAGGCCAAACCAACUUUGAGGUUAACAAUACCAAUAAAGGAACGUCUCUCAACAACAAUAAAAGCGACGUUGCCAUCUUCAAUAAUAAAUCAUCAAAAGCAAAACACAAUGAAGUAGCUCAGACCGCUACAAAAAUUAACGAGAUUCAAAAUUUAAAUAAAAACAAGAAUAAAUCAAUUAAAAUUAUUGGAGACAGCAACACAAACGAAGAAGUUUCAGCGAGUGACAAAGUGUGGGUAUAUGCCACAAAAUACAAAACAUCUUAUACCAUGGAGAGUAUGCAAAAUUAUUUGGAGAUAAAGUUUCCUGGACGCGAAUUCUCAUGCACCUUAUAUGAAAAUAAAGUUGCUGGAACCAACUCAUUUAGAAUUACGGCCGACGCAGAUCUUCAGGUACAACUUUUUCAAAUAAGUGACUUAAACAUUAACGGGCUUGUCAAUACCACUCAUCUCAGAUGUUUCUCUGAUCUCCUUGAAAGCUUUCAACUAAAAUCAGAUAUAUCAGUUGCAACCCGAAUAGCAAAAUACGGAAACAUAAUAACCAAAUCAUCUAUCGAUUACAUAAUAACAAACUUAGAUUUUCGAACGCUAAAUAUAUGUAUAACGGAUAAAGCCAUUUCUGAUCAUUCAGUUCAAAUACUGAAAUGUCAACUUUCAGUAGCAGAAUUUAAAUCUUUAUUGAGUAAAAUCGAUAUUGAUUUCUCAAAAUUUGUAUCAGUAGAUGAAAUGUUCAAGUCCUUCUGGGAUGAACUAACAUAUGCAUUUAAUACAGCAUUCCCACUGAAACGUGUUAAACCAAAUCACGGAAAAAGUGAACAUAACAAAAUAAAGUUUGCAAUUGACAACGAAAAUUAUAAGCAAAAAAAACAAAUAAUUAACCACAAAAUUAAACUUGAAAAACAGAAGCACUUUUCGAAUUUAAUCAAUAACUCCAGUAAUAAAACAAAAACCAUGUGGCAACUAGUAAACACAAAAUUAAAUAGAACCAAGAAACUUGACCUUCCAAAAAAACUGGAAUACAAUAAUAGGCAAUUAGAGUGUCCUAAAGAAAUAUCUAAUGUUUUUGCUGAGUAUCUAAUUGAUUCUGUAGAAUCCAUAGUUCCAAAAACUGGUCAAUGGAAUAAAGAUAACGAUACAUUAACAAGACGUACACCUAAUGAAUCGCUUUAUUUUUGUCCAGUCAUUGAAGACAAUGUUUUGGAGGUAAUUAGUUCUUUUAAAAACAAGAAGUCCACAGGGUUUGAUGACAUGCUGGUUUCACUCUUAAAGGAAUGUUCAUUACAAUUAGUUCCUUUUAUAACUGAAUUAAUUAACUAUUCCGUGAGUACCGGAAAAUUCCCAGAUAUUUUAAAAACAUCAAAAGUAGUACCGAUUUAUAAGAAAGGUUCACGAAACUUAUUGUCAAAUUACAGAGGCAUAUCUAUUUUAAGCGUUAUCGCAAAAACUUAUGAAAAAGUAGUGUAUAAUGUAAUUACGUCAUUUUUAAAUAAAACCAGAAUCCUUAGUAAUAAACAAUAUGGAUUUCAACAAGAAUGUUCGUGUGAAACAGCUACAGUAGAUUCAAUUCAAGUUAUCCAUGAAAAAAUCGAUCAAAAUUUGUACACUUUUGGAAUAUUCUUUGAUCUCUCGAGGGCCUUCGAAUGUCUUGAUCCAGUGUGUUUGAAAGAAAAACUUAUAGCUAUAGGCAUUCGCGAACCAGUUAACUCAUGGAUCUAUUCGUACACAACAAAUAGACCUCUUUUUGUGUCUAUUAAUAAUAUUUCCUCGGAAAUAUACUACAGUAAUUUAGGAAUACCCCAGGGUGGCAUAUUGGGUCCACUACUAUUUUUACUUUAUGUAAAUGAUAUGCCUGAAUAUAUCCCAGAAAAACAUAUAUUCAUGUAUGCAGACGAUACCACCAUACUUGUCUCAGCGGAAUCCGUCGAGUUAGCACAAUCUCAGAUCAAAAAUAUAAUACUGUCGUUUAAAAACUGGUGCGACCGAAAUAAUUUGCUAAAAAAUCUGGAUAAGACAGUGUGUAUUCAGUUUUCUUAUGGUGAAAGAAAAAAAACUACUUCUUUGUUCGAAAUUGCACACAAUGUGGUUAUUAAAUCAGUUAACAGUACUACGUUUCUUGGCACGAUUGUGGACAACACUUUAAAUUUUCGUGAACAUGUAAACAAUACCUGUUUAAAAUUAAAUAAAUCAUAUUUCGCGAUAUUGUCGUUAAAGGACGACGUUAAUAUAAAUGCGUUGGUUACACUAUACUAUUCUCAAGUGUAUUCCAUAAUCAGUCAAAACAUUAUUGUUUGGGGACAGGCAUCGGAAAGUUUGAGAGUAUUUAUCCUACAAAAAUGA